AGUUGCGUUUACUGUGCCCCACAUGCGUUGUGCAAACAAACGAUGCCUCAUUGUUGGUGAAUGGCGCACUAGGCCACUCCCUACAUCAGAAACCUUCGCAUAGGUCUCAGGGACUCCAUACAACACCUAGCAUCAACCACACAACACCGCACUUGCGUUACAAACCAUGGCCUCACACGAUACCACGACAUCGUCGGAUCCAGUCCCCGUUCCCGCUGACCAUCAAGAUUCAAACCAUCCACACUAUCCGCGCGACCUGGAGCAUCAACCAGGCACCCGUCGCUCAUUCCUCAGCAAGAAGCGUGUUCUGAUUGCAUGUGGCAUUGUCAUGACCAUUCUGCUCGUCAUCGCUGCGGUCCUCUUGGGCGUUGCUCUCACGCGCAAGAACGACGAUGGGAACGCGGAAGCUCCGAAAAUCACUAUCGUUGCAAAUAACUCCACCCUAGCCCCUCUCAAGGUCCAAACUGUCUACGAGAACGCUACUACAUUCGUCUACACCACCAAUCGCGUGCCGCUCCUCGUCGCUCCUGCGCUGGCUACCUCCACAAUCAUCCUCUCGCCAACACCCCGUGCAGAAGUCAAGCUAGAGGCACCACUUCGCCCGAUUCAGGCCGAGACUGCUCCUGCAACGACAACACCGAACAAACCUGCGCCUUCAGAAGCCCCAUCAGGCGACACAUCGCCUCGCGACUGCCUCUUUUCCGGAGCCUGGGUACUGAAGGAUCAGUGCGUGGAGCACUGUCCCUCAUGGGAUGGUCAUGAGACACAUUGCGAGGUUAGCAAGCGGUCUCAGUGGGUUUGUGUGUCUUGUCCUCUUCGAUCUUGAAGGAUAAUCUGCAUGUGCUGAUUGAAUGGUUCUUGUUAGUGAAGCUUCAAGCGCGUCGAAGAUAAGCGUUGUCCAAUCCUAUACCAUAGGUGUAAAUGAAG